AUGGAGAUGAUACUUGGUGGACAAGCAACCAAUGGUGCUCUUCGGUCAAAGACCAAGAUUGUUUGUACUCUUGGACCGGCAUCAAGAUCGGUGGAGAUGAUUGAGAAGCUUCUCAAGGCCGGUAUGAACGUAGCUCGGUUCAAUUUCUCCCAUGGCUCUCACUCGUACCAUCAAGAGACUCUCGAUAAUCUCAGAACCGCCAUGGCCAACACUGGUAUUCCCUGCGCUGUCAUGCUCGAUACAAAGGGUCCUGAGAUACGAACCGGAUUUCUCAAAGAAGGCAAACCGGUACAGCUGAACCAAGGUCAAGAGAUCACAAUUUCAAUUGAUUACAAGAUAGAAGGAGACUCAAACCUUAUCUCCAUGAGCUACAAGAAACUUGCAGAGGAUCUCAAACCUGGUGAUGUGAUUCUUUGUUCAGACGGAACAAUCUCUCUAACUGUCUUGUCCUGUGAAAAGUCUCUCGGUCUUGUUCGUUGCCGAUGCGAGAACUCUGCCCUUCUGGGAGAAAGAAAAAACGUUAAUCUCCCUGGAAUUGUAGUUGAUCUCCCAACACUCACUACGAAAGAUAAAGAGGAUAUUUUGCAAUGGGGAGUUCCGAACAAAAUCGACAUAAUCGCUCUUUCUUUUGUUCGUAAAGGAUCUGACCUAACCGAAGUCAGGGAGUUACUUGGAGAGCACUCAAAGAACAUCAUGCUCAUGUCAAAGGUGGAGAAUCAAGAAGGAGUGAUGAACUUUGAGAAGAUUCUGGCGAACUCUGAUGCUUUCAUGGUGGCUAGAGGAGAUCUUGGGAUGGAGAUUCCGAUCGAAAAGAUGUUUCUUGCUCAAAAAACAAUGAUCAAGAUGGCUAAUGCUCUUGGGAAACCAGUGGUCACAGCAACACAGAUGCUUGAAUCCAUGACAGUAUCUCCUCGUCCGACAAGAGCUGAAGCCACCGACGUUGCAAACGCUGUUCUUGACGGGACAGAUUGCGUUAUGCUUAGCGGAGAAACAGCUGCUGGAGCUCACCCUGAGACAGCCGUGUUAACAAUGUCAAGGAUCUGUAAAGAAGCAGAGGAUUUCAUCGAUUACGACACUCUCCACAAGAAAACGCUAGGAAUGGUUUCGUUACCGUUAUCACCAAUUGAGAGCUUAGCUGCUUCCGCCGUUUCAACGGCCAGGAGUGUAUUUGCUUCGGCGAUCGUCGUUCUCCCCAAGGGAGGUUACACGGCUGAGCUGGUGGCUAAAUACAGGCCGAGCGUUCCGAUAUUGUCAGUGAUUGUGCCGGAGUUUGCUCAGGGAGAUGACUUCGACUCGUCGUGCUCGGACUCGGUGGCGAAACGUGGUUUGAUUUACCGUGGGAUUAUUCCGGUGGUGGCGACUGGAUCUUCAGCUAGGGAUUCGAACAUGGACGCAUCAGAGGAAACGAUUAGAUUCGCUAUCGGAUUCGCGAAGACUAAGGGAAUUUGUAGGACUGGAGAUUCGAUUGUGGCUUUGCACAAGAUCGAUGGUUCCUCUGUUGUGAAGAUAAUGAGCGUUGAAUAA